UCGUGCCAUACUAAAGAUGUACGUGCGUAGUGAUGUUGCAAUGCGUUGCGUUUCCUGGAGACAGUGGUCUUAUUUUAACGUGUUUCGUGAAUGUGAUUGUUGAUCAAUAACUCCAUACUAACUUUAUUUCAUCGUUUUUGUUAGUAAAAUCGCCAUUGUUUCAAAUAUUCUUGCCAAAAACUACGCGUAAAUUAGCGUACCUUUUUGUGAGUUCACAUCGAGGCAAAACUCCCGAAGCACACAAAAUGGCUGAUAGUCGAUGUGCGACAGCACAGGGCGCUAGAUCGUUCGACCUUGAAUGCGUGAUUAUGUUUUUACAAAAGUAUCCGGACUUUACGCAAAUCAUUAUGAACACGUCGGGUUAUAAAUUCGACAUUCCUACGCUCAUCGCUGAUGCGAAAAAAAUGGACAUGAAAAAGACAGUGGAGGACAUUUGGGAAGAAUUUAAUACGAACGGUACUAGUUCCGAACUGUACGAGGAUGAUCAACGCGAACAGAACAGCCAGCCUAUGAGCGAAGUUUGGAACAAUCAAUUGGAAGCGGAUACGGAGGAUAAAUCAACGAAAACAGAUGAAUCCGCUAAUGAAGGCUCAGAAUGCGGCGCUCUUCAGGACAUUACCAAUCAGUUCAAACAAAGAUGCAAACUACGCAAAAACAGAAAUAAAAAUGUGACCUGUCUGGAGCACUGUGUGUUCUGUAUGAAUAAUGGUGCUGACAGGGAAGUUUACGAAAGCCACAACUGCAAGGACGAAUGGGGUAAUGUAACAUGUCCUGUUUUGCAAAAGUUCGUCUGCUCACGUUGCCAUGCUACUGGGACGAAUGCGCACACUGCCAAAUAUUGUCCCUUGAAACCGAUCAUCACGCCGGAAGAUUGCUUGGUAAUGGAGCAAAGGUGGCAACAAAAACGACGCCGUAGGCCUGCCGUUAAUGUAAACACCAAGGGCAUCGAUAACCAAAGAAAACCUUUCAUUCAAAUUAAGAGCCGAUCACGACUACGUUUUUAGGAAGAAACUUUUGCCUGAGGAGAUGGAGAACAAACAUGUUUUAUUACUUUUUUACGAGUUGCUAAAUGCUCUGCGAGCUUCAGCAUCUAAAUUUAAUCAAAAAGUUUACCAAGAGUAAACCCUCGAGUAGUUGCAUGACGAAUGCAGCUUUGGCUGAUCGUAAUGUAAGCCAUCGAAGAGAGCUAGUAUUUAUUAAGGAGUAGAGAUUAUGUGCAAGGUGAAUAGCCUUGUGUUCGAAUGAAGUACAGUAGGUACAGUAGGCGAUCUUAACAAUACGCAAUUUGUGAGAUCGUAUGAAUAACAACGAAUCAAAGUUUUCAACAAAUCGUGCCAAUUGCGCAAGUGUUGAGGAAUUGCUAUCGUGAAAUGAUUUUUUCGUAUCAUUUUGUUUAUUAGAUGAGCUUACUUUCUAUAUUAUCUAUUUUUUUUAGUAACAUCGAUCGUGAAUCAACAAACUAUUAAUGAUUAUGUCCAAUAAAAGUGACAAUAAUAUUAAGUUUAUGUACGAUACAAAACGGUCAGGAGCUUGGCAGAAAUGUACUGUUACGUAAAUUGAAACGGUCGAAACACAUACUUUCUUUGAUGACUCAUUACACAUUAUACAACCUUUAUAACGGAUUUAAAUUCUUCUAAAUAAAAAUUUCUA